AUGUCGGUGGUUAGCGGUGCAGAUUCGAUUCAGGGAGUGAGAGACGGGUAUGGAAAUGAUGAUAUGUUUGGACCACUUAGGAGGGCAUGUAUUUUGAGAGGACAGGCAAGAGAUACGGCGGAGAAGGUUCAAGGGAUGAGUAGGGAUAUAGCGGCAGUGAAAAGGAGGCAAGGACUGACGGCAGGAGAAAUAUUGGCAAAGGGGGCAGAAUGGAAUAAAGGGGCGAGAAGAUGGAUUCAGGCGGCGGAAAGGUAUAGGUUACGUGAUGGAUUAUUUUACAGGUUAGAUGAGAAAGACGGAGACGAAGGGCAGCUUACCUUAUGCAUACCUAAGGGGGACGGUGUGAGAGUAGCACUAUUUAGGGAGGCGCACGAUUCCUUGACGGGAGGUCAUUUCGGGAUCGACAGGACGGUUAAAGCAACCAAUCAGAAACCAAUGGGUCUCCUUAAACCAUUACCCGUUCCAAAUGGACGGUGGGAACGCAUUGGAAUCGAUUUCAUAUGCACGAUCAUAGACCACGGAACGAGGACAGCUCAUUUCUUUCCAAUGAAGGAGGCAACUUCGGCACCAGAAUUCACUAUUUUAUUCUUAGGAAAUCAUUUCCGACUUCACGGCAUACCGAAACGGAUUGUCUCAGAUCGGGACGUGCGGUUCAUGAGCGAGUUCUGGAGAAGUUUCAUGGGUUUACUCAAAACGGAGUUAUCUCCCUCAAUACCAUUCCACUCACAGACAGACGGUGCCACAGAAAAAGCCAAUCAGAUCGUGGGCACCUAUCUAAGAGCCUUUGCGACCCAGUACAGCAACUCUUGGAAUCAGAUACUACCUCUAGCGGAGUUUACCUACAAUAGCAGUACCCACAAAACCACUAAACAAACACCAUUUUUCACGGAUUUGGGGUAUACACCCACCCUUCCGCUAGAUACUGUAGCAGAAGUAAAAUCACAAGAGUCACUGAGUGCGAGACAUUUGGAAGGCGCCUCGUUCACGGAAAGAAUGCACGCCAGCCUGGAGGUUAGCCGUAUCGCGCUCCAAAACGCUCAGGAUCAGCAGUCAGUCACGGCGAAUGCUAGCAGGCAUGAGACGACGGUCAAGGAAGGAGACUCCGUGUUUCUGAACACCAAAAACCUUCCGUUGACCUAUGCGAACGUAGCAGUAGGAUCUACCAAACUCAGGCACCUUUACGCGGGGCCAUUUACGAUUACAAAGAUGAUAAAUGAGAAUGCAGCACGUUUGGACAUACCCCAAGGCCUGGACAUAGCCAAGACACAGAAUAACUGCAAGUACAGAGUUCGCUACGUGGGCUUUGACGAAUCAGAAGACGAGUGGAAAUCACUACGAGAGUUGGAGGGUUCCAAGGAGACGGUAGAAAACUAUCACCGUCUUAACAAGCUGGGACCCCCGGAGUGGAAGAAGAAGAAGGGAGUGAAGGAUAAGUCAAAGACAAAGACGGUCCGCAUCAAAAUCGAACCAGGGGUGGGCGAUGAUACGACCGUUAGGAAGUCAGGGAGAAAGAGAGUCAAGAAGCUUCAGUUCGAGGGAGGAUGA